AUGGCCAGCACAAACGAGUACAAGUUCCAAACCGUCGUCACGAUUACGCUAACGGAUGAAGAACGUGACAAUCAAACUAUUAAUGAAGGACAUGCAGGCGCCGCAGUAGCGGCCAUGUAUCGUGAUGGCAUCGUGGUCCUGGAAAAUGCCGUCAAUGUCGAGCACGUUGACAACUUGAAUCAAAUCCUGACCUCAGAGGCCGAGGCCCUGGCUGCUUUGCCGACCACUCAUCUCAACAAUAAUUCCAAGGGCGCGGGCAAGACAGGAAACAUGUCCCAGGCACCCCCCGUGACCAACGAGCUGAUGUACGAGGACAUCUGGGCCAACGGACCAGCAUCAUCAGUAAUUGCGAGCAAUCUCGGCCCUACUCCUCAUGUCACAUAUGUCAACAGAAACACCAAUCUGCGGGGAUUCGGUGCUAUUGGAGCAAUCGGAUUUGCCCUGUCUGCCGAAGUCGGUUCUCUCCCUCUUCGUCCCGUUACGCAGAGUAUCGUCGGAGUAACCCAGGGCGUCACGGGAUGGGUCAUGGGUUUCGUCACACCGUAUAUCAUCAACCCCGAUGAAGGCAAUCUUGGUGCCAAGAUUGGUUUCGUAUUCUUUGGUCUUGGUAUCAUCGCGUCGGUCCUUGUCUUCCUUUAUAUCCCUGAAACGAAGGGUCUCAACUUCGACGAGAUCGACUGCCUGGUCUCUUCCGGAACAAACUCACGCAAAUUCCAGGGGGCUAUUGCGGAAUAUCGUGCUCAUGGUCAGAGCGUGAAUAAGGAGGAUCUUGGUCAGAAGUUAACUAGCUACGAGAACGAAAAGGAUGGUGUGGUUAUUGAGCAGCAAGAAUAA